GUAUUGAGCUGACCCGUGGCCUUCAGCUCCUGUAAACGUGUUUCGCUGAAGCUAAAUAGGCUUGAAGCAGCAUUAGCUGCGUGAUAGCUAACUAACUGCUCUAAGAAGCUAGCCUGUUCUCGAAGCUGUCUGGUUAGUGACUGACAGAUGCCUUCACCAUGAAGCUGAGCUGCAGUGUGCUGGUCAUUGCCCUCCUGCUGUCCCAGGCCACAAGCUUCCUGAGCCCCACAGAGGAUGACAGCUUCCCUGAAGAAUGGGUGCUGCUUCAUGUGGUUCAGGGCCACAUCGGGGCUGGAAACUACAGCUACCUACGCCUCAACCACGAUGGCAGAAUCAUCCUGCACAUGCAAAGUCUCAAGGGAGACGCAGACCUGUAUGUGUCAGAUAAAACCCUGCACCCGAGCUUCGACACCUACAAGCUACAGUCGGCCACCUGUGGUCAAGACGUGGUGGUGGUACCGGGGGACUUCACGAGGCCUGUGGGCAUCGGCAUUUAUGGCCAUCCGUCUCACCAGGAGAGCGAGUUUGAAAUGCGAGUGUUCUACGAUCAAACUGUGCCCCAAGACCCAUUUGAUAAGGGCUCGUACAACUCAGAAGGCGUACAUAAGGAAAAGAAAUCUGCUCACGCCUCAGAGGAUGAAUUUCAGGAGGAAGAGUCCAUCUUUUGGACUAUUUUGAUUGGACUUCUAAAGAUUAUACUUGAGAUUUUGUUUUGAAAAUCACUUUCUUGGCGUAACAGCAGGAGGAGAUUACACCAUGGUACAUUAAAAGAUAAAAUGUUGCACCUAACCCCAGGGAGAUCUCUAGCAAUUAAACCUGCAGACUUGAUAAACAGCAAAGUCAGAUUUUUAAAACGUGGGUGGAUCUCAAUGCUGAAUUCACCAGCAAAGGCUGACCAAUCACAAAUUGUUUCACACGGGGUGUGUGUUUAGUUUGAAGCAAGUCCACAUUGUUGGAUUCAGCAGUGUGCUGCUUUGCUUUGGUGAAGCUCGUGAUUUUAGUUUGGAUCUUUGUGAUUUUCUGUAAUGAAAGAUGAGUUAGACAAAACGGACAAGAGGGGACUUUUUCUGGAGUCUUAAAAGGUAGAUGUGGAAUUUUGAAGUUUAUGCACAUUUGUUAGUUGCUGGAAUCAUUCUUCUCCAUUGGCUGUAAUCAUAAAGUGAUUACACACACAAAAAGAGAGGUAAAGUCUGCAGACAGGAGACAGUGAGUUCUAAGUUUGGGAUACUGCCUCAGUAUACUUCAAAUGAACCACAUCUAAAGGAGAAAGUGUUAACUCUUUUAAGUCAGACCAGGGAGAGACGCUGAAAUGUUUCCUUUAUUUCAGACCCAGUCGGUCAGCUUGUGAAUUUCACAUAGAAUUUCUGUUUUAGGAAGUUACGAAGCAUUGUGGGUUGCAGCCAUCGGAAACAGGGUUCCAGACACAUUAAGCGAUAUUCCCGCUGUGUAGGAAAAACGAUUUGUGCAGGAUUCCUAGGGGGAGUCUGUGAACUAAGCUAACUCACUGGUUAAUAGUAAUUUGCAGAAUCUUUACAUUAGCUGCUACUUGGAAGUUGUAUAAUCUUUUCUAACAAACCUGAUCUGAAACUUAGUAUUUUACCAGUAGCAGUGUUUUCACUUUGGUCAUAACCCCCCCCCCCCCCCCCCAAAAAAAAAAAAAAAACACACACACACAUCCCUGAUUAUAUAUUAAGCAGCAGACUUUGGUUAAUGUCUGUUUUCACAAGGGUGAGUGCAGCUCAGAAAUUUCACCUCAGUGCGCAGAGGAUUUUCAUGCAAACCUGCCACACUGCACCAGACACACUAUAAUCAACAAUAUGUUCUCAGAAAAUUUUAAGGCUUAAUUAACAUCUAAUGCCACUGUUAGGAUUAAAUGUAUGUGUGCAGCUCUGGUGUGGUUAGCUUUUCUGACUUUACUGGCUGUCACUAAUAGUUAUAACAGGAUAUGUGUUUUUUUUUUUUUUUUAACAAUUGAUUUGAAGUAUACUGAGGACACACUGAGCAUGGGGUGGUUGUUUCCUUAUGGAGCAAAGGUGGAGGAGUCACAUUAAACACACCUGAAGGCAUCAGUAAGCCUCAUAUUAGCUUAACGUUUCUUUCUAUGAGAGGACUACAGUUCGUGCCCAUGUGUAUUAAUGUAGUCAAAGCUGGUAUAGAGAUGAAAUAGUGACACAUUAAGUCAACAUUUAUAUGUCGUAUUCUUUCUGUACCAAGAGAGUGAUUGGCUGGCUCUCUCCUCAGCCUGUGAAUGAUUGAAACCACCAGUCUGUCUUAACACAGCUCAGCACCAUGUGAGAUCUGCGUGGCCAAACUUAACUGAGCAAUACACUCAUUGUCACUCGUUUUGAGAUCUACACGAGGUUCUUAAAGUGUUGGACACAAAAGGGGACCUGAAAAAAUUUAACAGUGAAUUGAUGAUGUUCAAAAGCAGAUCAGUUAGUUUUUUUUUUUUUUCAUUUACUGUUUAAGGAGAUGUUUCUUUAAUUUGGACUCUAGACAGGGAACAUGGUUUGUGAAGUGAUUUCUAACCAGCCUGUUAACCUGAGUAGCAGCGUUUGUAUUUAGUUUGAUCAUUAUUGUUGUUUUCGCCUGUUGGACAAACUCCUAAUUUAAACGUCACCUCCAGUGCUGGAGUUCAGUUCUGAGUAAGACUUUGUUACCCUCUGAGCAGAAAUGUUCAACAGUGCCUUCAGAUCUGUCCUCGGAACAGCUGUGCAAGCGUUCUUGUUCCCAAAGGCGAUCUAGUUCAGGUUUCACAAUAAAAUGAGAAAUUGUUUUAA